CUGAGCUAAUCCCCGGCAAGUCGAAAAUCAGAGAGCGAAGAGAACCAUUUCGAAGGGCCCCAGGAUGUACGCCGCCGUGAAGCCGCUCUCCAAGUAUUUGCGCUUGAAAACGGUGCGCAUCUACGAUCCGAUAUUUACGCUGCACUCCAAGUGCACCAUCGUCAUUCUGCUGACCUGCACGUUCCUGCUGUCGGCCAAGCAGUAUUUCGGCGAGCCGAUACUCUGCCUCAGCUCCACGAAGCACACGGAAUAUGUGCAAUCCUAUUGCUGGACCAUGGGCACCUAUAUACUGCCGAUGGAGAACGAUAGCAUCGAUGCCAGCAAGCCCGUGCCGGAGCUAGCGCUGCUCGAGCACCAGCACCAGCGCCUGACGUUCAACAGGAGCGGCCUGAGCGCCCUCCUGGCGGACAACGAGCAGUACGCGCGCAUCAUCUCGAUAGCGGAGGGCGUCGGCCCAGAGACACGGGGCGUGACGAAGCGCAUGUACUUGCGCUACUACCAGUGGGUCUUCAUGAUACUGCUCUUCCAGUCGCUGCUCUUCUACUUCCCGUCGUACCUCUGGAAGGUGUGGGAGGGCCAGCGCAUGGAGCAGCUCUGCUGCGAGGUCGGCGAUGCCCUCAUUCUCGAGGAGACCUACUGCAUGCGGCUGCGCAUGCUCACGAAGUACUUUCGGGCUCGCUUCUCGGCCAUCCACUGCUGCUAUUCGAUCAAGUACGCCUUCUGCGAGCUUCUCAAUCUGGUCAUCAGCGUUUUCAACUUUUGGCUAAUGGACGUAAUCUUCAACGGCUUCUGGCACAAAUAUAUCCACGCCCUGGCCGCCAUACCCGUCUACGAUUGGAAUCUGUGGAAUCUGAUGAGCUCUCGCGUCUUCCCGAAGGUGGCCAAGUGCGAGAUGUUCAUCUACGGACCGAGUGGAUCGCCCAAAGUGCUGGACAUACUCUGCGUACUGCCGCUGAACAUACUGAACGAGAAGCUCUUCGCUGUGCUCUACGUGUGGUUCCUGUUCAUUGCGAUGCUGGCGGCCAUCAAUAUACUCUAUCGCCUGCUGCUCAUCUGCUGUCCGGAGCUGCGUCUGCAGCUGCUGCGCACGCACCUGCGCGGCAUGCCCAAGGCGCAUGUGCGCCAGGUGCUCUCCAGUGCCGGCUACGGCGAUUGGUUCGUCCUGAUGAGCGUCAGCAUCAAUGUGAAUCCAACGCUGUUUCGUGAUCUGCUCGAGCAGCUGUAUAUGGAGCAUGCGAACAAACAACCCGCACAAUCGGCCAAUCCGAAUAGGCGUGAAUUUCUGGACGAGCAACAGGAACAGGAUGAGGAGCGGGAAUCGGAUCGAGAUCGCGUCCAGGAUCACAUCAGCAUGGUAACGGACGAGCAGUCGCUAGACAAUUCGACCUCAGUGCCCGCAGUGCCUGCAGUCAAUAUUCAACCGAUACACUACUACACGGAGAGCCACGCCUAGAGGAGACAGAAGG